UUGGUUGCUUCAAACUAGUUUGAUUUUUCUCCGUGGAUCGGCUUCGGCCUCCGUCGUCAGCGAGCCUUCAUUUUGACAGAAGUGAGUUUCCAAAGCAGAGCGGAGCGGACUUGAAGAAAACUACUGUGUCCACAGAAAGGUUCGCAUCCCGCAGGAAUCGGAUCGGCUGGCUGAUUCACACCGAGGAGAAGAAAAGAGUCGAGCAUUUUUUUUUACUUUCCAGCGAAGGACGACCCCGACCCGACGGACGGCUCACAGCAGCAAGCAGUAGGCUAGGCAGGGAAGCUCUCGGGAGGAACGCAACAAGAGGAGGAGCCAAACACACACACCAACACUAGCGAAGCAACAACAACAACAGCAGCGGCAGGAACAAGAACCUCUGAAGGGAAAAAUGGAUGUCUUCAUGAUGAUCAGACGGAAGAAGACCACCAUCUUCACCGAUGCCAAAGAAACGACUCCGGUGCACGAGCUGAAGCGAAUGAUCGAAGGAAUCCUCAAAGUGCCUCCCCGGGACCAGCGCCUGUACAACAAGGACAACCAACUGAUGGACGACGACCGGACGCUGCAGGAUUGCGGCAUCACGGUGGCCACCGCCAAGGCACAGUGUCCGGCCCAGCUCGGGUUGGCCAUCCGGGAAAAUAGCGGCGACUUCGAGCAGCUGGAUCUGACUCCGUACUCGCUGCCGCCGGAUCUACCGGACGUGAUGAAGAACCAGGACGCGGCCAACGGACAGGACCAACUUGCCUAAUGACCGGCGGCAGCCAGGGCUGCGCUCUGUGUUGGUUUGUUCUAAUUGUACCCCUAAAAUGCACUACUACUGUUGAAGGUCGCGGAGGCCAUUGUUUUCUUGCUCCUUCUUUGGCUAUCUCUUGAACAAAGCGAUCGAACAUUUUUGUCAAACCAUUGUUUCCCCUCUCUCUCGCACACACCCAACAUACUCACACACACAUACAUACACAGAUGGACAGACAAAACCCAUGCACACACCCUUAUAUACACCUAAACUAACAAACAAUACAAAAGUCAUCGACACAUCUAGGAAUUUGCAGGCAAUAAUCGGAGGGGGUCCCCGAAAAUUUAGUUUCUCCAGUUUACCCACUAGGUUGUUAUAUUUUCCAUUUUUUUUUUUUCGUUUUUAUAAUCACAUCGUCAGUAGUAUGUACCUCUAGAGAUUGCAUUCGGAUUCUUUGCGAAAAAAAAAACACGGGAAUCGAGUGAUAGGAACGACGGUAGCCUAAUAGUAAUAUAAUAAACAAAAAACACGUGGCACGCAGAAUGAAUUGCACUGUUGUUUUCUACGUUUUUGUACUUCUUAGAAAAGACCACGGCGCUAUUAUAGAGAUGGAGUGGAAGGCUUCUGAAAAGACCAGGUUUAGUGGGAAUUUGCGUGCGCUACCGAUAGACAGACAGACAGACGGACAGAUCAAGGUCGUUAUGCCUUUUUGUGUAUUUUUAUUUGAAUUUUAUCAUUGUAAUUAAAUUAUGGAAUAAAUUAUGCUCGAUUGGAACAGGAAA